AUGGCACCAUCCUUGGCGCGACAAGCCCGAGCUUUUUGUUGUAACACACUCUGCACAGAGAGGGUGCUUUCGCCAGUCUUGGUUUUGCUGGUUCAUGCUCUAAUCGUUGCCGAUGUUGCGUAUCACAGGCGUGAGUUGUGGCAAGAGACCACCCUUUGGUAUCGCAGUGUGCGACUGUUGGUUUUCACCACGCUAGCUUUGUACAUCGGAACCUCAUGCACAAAUCCUGGCUUCCUCGACAGCGAGUCACGUGGUUGUGGCAGCUGCUUGCUCCUGCUUUGUGCACUGUGCAUGCGGGACUCCAAUGAGAAGGUGUCCAAUCCCACGAUCGUGAGCCCGGAGAAUCCUGCACUUCUGGGUGCGAGCAACUUGGAGAUGGACCAGGGAGACCCUGAGACGGGGAAAAUGGAUGAAGGCAUUAAAAGACGUGGUGCACCAGAUGCCGACAACGAUGGAAACGUUGAAGGCGCCGAAGGUGUGGAGCUUCGCUUUUGCAAACGUUGUCGCUUGCAGCAGCCCUUGCGAACAAAGCACUGCUAUGACUGUGGCCGAUGUGUCCGGACACAUGAUCAUCACUGCCCUUGGGUUGGCAGUUGUGUAGGAGAGAACAAUCGAGCGCUCUUCUUUUGGUAUUUGCUCCUUCAGUGUGUGGAGCUUGGUGUUUUCUUCACGGAGGGCAUCCAAGGGAUUUCUCUCUUGCAACCCAGCGUGGUACUCAUGGUGGGCCUAUUGUUUAUUGCGAUUUUCUUUCUCAUGGUCAGCUGCUUACUGUUCUUCCACAGCUUUCUGGUCUUGGCCAACCUCACAACAUGGGAGCACAUUUCUUGGCGGCAAAUUACCUAUUUGAAGUCCUUGCGUUCGGAGCGUGGAUCUCCCUUUGCGCGACGGGUGGGCUGUUGCAGCCUCUUCCGGACGGCCUCGCGCGCGGCUGCUGCUUCACCAGAUGGUGAUGCUGCGAGAACGUCUCAAGUGCCCUGUGAGCUGGAUUCCAGCUUUCCUGCUGAAGCUUGGUAUGGCUCAGAUUGUGUUGGGGCCGAGCAAUUUCUCUACGACUGGGGCUGCAAGGACAUGCUGGCUUUGAAGUAUGGAGUGCAGCUGGAUGAGUUCGAUUUUGUCAACAAAGCGAAGGCUCGCUGCGGUCCAGGCUCGGAACUUCAGCCCCGCAAGCUGGCGCAUGCCAUGAAUGUGGAGCCAGCCUUGAAAGUGAAGGAUGCUAGCAAUGAGCGUCUCCUUCAACUGCGGCUGGACGUCACAAGUAUGGGCUCUUUUGUUGAGCUUCAAAACGCUUUGCGUCGAUGGCCAGGCACAGCAUGUGCCUUGGCAGCUGUGGGGCUUGCUGGUAUUGGUCGGAACGUGCAGUUGGUAGCGGCGUACCGCGAGGCGUAUGGGACAAAGGAUGCCCUCGUCGCGCGCACGCGGCCCAAGUCCAACGGAGGCGUCGGACCUUUGCACACGUUUAAAGCGGAGACCUUCACUACAGCAGUCUUAAUAGAGCCCGUCAUCGAACACUUGCUGAAAUAUCAGCCGGAGCCCAGCGUCAUGCUGGAGCUCCAAGUUCCAGAAGAAUCUGUUGAUUUUGGGAGCUCCGCUUUCGAGUCGGAGGCUUCGGUAGCCCUCGCAGAGCGCUUCUGCGGGGUUCUAGCGGGACUGGCACCUGCAAGCACUGACUGCGGAGCCACAGCUUCUUGCCUUUUGGCCAAAGAGCUUAUGUGCCGGCAUCAAAAAGUGGCUGACAUGCAGAUUGCAGGCUGCAAAGUGCUUAGCAAUUGGCUGGGUCAUUGUCAACAGCGCCUCUCCACCCAACAGUGCUGUGCCACGAUGGAGGCCAUUACCGCGGCCAUGCGUCGGCACAGCAGCAAUGCUGCAGUGCAAGAGGCAGGAGCUGCUGCAAUGGGCAGUGCAGCAGGUUGGCCAGAACUGCAAGCAGCCGCAGCCACCAAUGGAGCAGUGGAGGAAGUCGUGGGUGCCAUGCGGAAGUUUGAAGGUGAUUCCGAGCUCUUGGCCUCCGGGUGUGGUGCCUUGGCAGGGCUUUCGGCCAACCAUCCACUCAACCAGUCCUCAAUCAUGGCCUGUCGAAGCAUUGAGGUUAUUGUCGAUGCUAUGAGGAGAUUUUCCAAGCAUGCACGGCUCCAAACCAUGGGCUUUGGCGCCUUGGGGAAUCUCGCCGCCAACCACCCCAACAACCAGGCAGCGAUUGCGCAGGCAAGCGGCUUGCAGCGAGUCAAAGCUGCCUUGCAGCAGCACCAGAACCGACCCGCGGUUUUGACCGCAGCCCUUGCAGCUUUGUGGUGCUUGCUCAGGAAUCACAGCGCCAACACGGAGGCUGCUGCAGAACUUAGUUUGGCAGAGAUGGCCAUGCUUGCAUUGAGGCGCCACCCGGAUGAUCGAAGACUCAAAGCAGUGGCGUCUGGAGCUCUGCAAUGCCUGGUCCCGGGUUUAUCUGAAGCCCUUGCUGUCCAGGCAGGGAGCUCACCGUCAACGGUCCGCACUGCCACGUGA